AUGUCCAACGACCCAACUUCCACUCCUCAGUCCUACCUAGACCAGGCCAAGGGCGCCGUACAAAGCGCACUUGGUUCCAUCACCGGCAGCACCGCCGACAAGGCCCAAGGCGAAAACCGCAAGGAAACCGCCGCCGCCGAACAUGACCUCUCCCACUCCGCUGCCAAAGCCGGUCCCUUCUCCGUGACCCCCUCAGGCGGUGUCGCAAAAGACGACCCAGACCGCAGCGCGGGCUCCUGGAACCAAAACGUCGGUGCUGCCAAAGAAGCCGUCGGCGGUUUCGUCGGCGCAGAGGGCCUCAAGCAAGAAGGUAUCCAGCAGAACAAGGAGGGUAAGGGCCAGGAGGCUGCAGGCCAGGUGAAUGAUCUAGGCAAAGGUGUUGCGGAUCGUGUGGGAGGUACGAUUGGGGGUGCUGUUGCGGGUCUGACGGGAAAUGCGGCGCAGAAGGCGGAGGCGGAGAAGCAGCAUGAUGAGGGCAAGGCGAGGCAGAGGGGGGUGGAGGUUGAUUUGCAGAAGCAAGCUGAGGCGGACAGGACUUAG